CAAGCCAGCUUUAGGCUUAAGGGAACCAGAGGGUAAAGCACAGGCAAGAGGCUUCAGGAAUUUUGGCUCAGCUACGGUUGCAAUGGCAGGGAUUGGAUCAGAAGAGACUGAGGAGUGUGAUGAGCGAGAGCAAUGCGACCAUGUGCAAUGCAGGUUGCUGGGCAAUCUUCGAAAUGAGUUGGACCUUGAGGCUCAACCAGAGAUGGCAGCAGAGCUGCCAGAUACCCCACAGCCAAGUUCGCAGCCGGGGCGGGCUUCCAACAUAGGACUCAUAUCCAUGGCUGUAACAGCUAUGGCUGCUGUGUUUGCCACGCUCUUUCUCAUCGUUUGGACCGUUUGGAAUGAUGAACAGGAUGAACAGGCUGGCCCUAGUCACUUGCGGAUGCUGGCCGCUGUAGGGGGAGGAAGUGCAAUUGGAUCCUGCUGGUUGAAGUGCGGAGCUGCUGUGGGCAAAGGAAUCCACACUGCUGGCACCUUCAUUGGACGGUUCUUCAUCAGCGCAGGGCAGUGCAUUCAUUCGAUAUUUUCUUCGGUGAACCAAGGAUUUGGGGAUUGCUGUUCAACAGUGGGCCAUCAGUUAGAGAAAUGCCACUGUUCACAUUGCUGGAUGGCCUCUGGAAAAUGCAUCGGAGGAUGUUGCACUGCGUUCGGCAAUUUGAUCAAUGGUAUUUUUGUGAUCUUCGGGUCGACCAUUUCCAGCUGCUGCGAUGUGUUUGCAAACUUCUUCAGCAGUUCCUGGAACAGCUGUGGAUAUUUCUUAAAUGACAUAUGCCCCUUUUGAGAAGAUGUUUUUUUUGUUGCCAGCACCAGUUCUGGCGGCAAAUUUGACGUGGCCUCAAACCUGGGCUACAGUUACAGUUGAAUUCUCAAAGCAUGGCUUUGCUUCAAAGUGAAUGGCUGACAGUGAGA